AUGACUACGACGGGGGCGGAAGGGGGGGAGGAUCAAAAGGGGAAGAAGAUGGUGAAGCAUAAGAGGAGCGUGAGUGAUUUGGCCAUGCAUUUGGUGAAUGGGGUGAUGAUGAGGAGGGAUUCGCUCAAGGAUGAGGACCUGCAGAGCUUGGUGAGGCUGUGCGGGAAGAGCUUCUUGUAUCUGCCGAGCGAGUAUGCGGCGGGAUCGCUGGUGCUGCCGACGUGCUUUCGGGCGACGGCGCAAUAUCUGGUUCAGCAUGCGGCGGAUACUCAGGGGGUGUUUCGCAUUCCGGGAUCGGUGAGGGUAGUGAAUGCGCUGUAUGAGUAUUAUUGCUGUGCCGAGGGGGACAAGGACGAGAUUGCGAGUACGAUUCGGUGUCCGAAUCUGCCGAGUCAUAUCAAGGUUGGGACGCACGAUGUGGCCUCGACGUUUAAACGGUUGCUGGCGGGACUGCCGGGGGGUAUAUUGGGGAGUUUGGCCUUGUUUGAUGCCUUGGUGGCUAUUCACAGUCAGCUGAAGGGGGAUCCAGAGUUUCCGAGGACGAAGCAGACGAAGUUGAGGGCGAGGUUGAUUGCGCUUGCUAUUGGCACGGUCAAGUCGCAGUUUCGGAGGGAGUUGAUUUGUGCUGUGUUUGGGUUGCUGUGUUUGAUUGGGAGGACGGCGGAGAAGACUCCCAGGGAGGAUGAACUGGGACGGCCGCUGCCUACGGCGGAUUUGAUGGGGUAUAACGCUUUAGGGAUUGUGUUUGGGCCGUUGCUGGUGGGGGAUUUGAUUCAUGGAUAUACGAUGAGGAUUGCGAAUCCAAAGCAGGGGCUGGUGUUGUUUCCUGUUACGCCACCUGCUGCCAGACGAGAGAGGAGGAAGUGUAAAACGUCCACGGAUACGGAGGCUAGUCAUUCGCGGCGAGGGGCGUUGUCUGUUGACAAGAUACAUGUUGCGAACAGCAUUGCUGAGAUGCUGAUUGUGCACUGGCGGGAGGUUGUCAAGCAUAUGAAGAACCUGGACGUGCUCAAGUCCAGCCCGACGGCAAUCUCGGAGCAGCAUGCUCGGCAUCACUACCGGCAGCAGGAGUCUCUGCAGGACAAGGCUGGUGGGCUCAGACCUUCUGCGUCUGAGUCGUUUGUGGUGAGAAAGCCUGCGGAAUGGGGGAGCGGGUUGAGAAAUCGUCACUCGAGGCAAUCCGAAGAAGGAGGAUCACCUAUUCCGCCUAGUCCUACUCCUGACGCUAGUAAGUCUACUUCCUCCGGAUGGCUGCUAGACUCGGGACGGUUGGCUAACUAG